GGGGCCGCCGCGCGGCGGCGCAGCCAGUAGGGGCGCGGCCCUCUCCGCCGGCCUCUGCCUCCGCGCCGCUGGCGGGGCGGCCCUGGCGGGGCGCGGUGCGGCGAGACGAGGCGAGGCGAGUCCUUCCGUCGGGAGGCAGACAUGGCCAUGCCCAGUUCCCUUCUGUGGGCUGUUGACAUUUUUGGGAGGGUUUACACCCUGUCUACUGUUGGCCAGUACUGGGAGCUCUGUAAGGACACACAGCUGGAAUUCAAACGGGUCUCUGCCGUCAAACAGUGCUGCUGGGGGAUAGCCUGUGAUCAUCAAGUGUACACCUAUGUGUUCUCGGGUGACGUCCCUAUUAGAUACCAGGAAGAAACCUAUGAGAAUCAGCGCUGGAACCCAGUUGGUGGCUUUUGUGAGAAAUUACUGCCCAGCGACCGCUGGCAGUGGAGUGAUGUGAGCGGGCUAAAGCAUCAGCAGCUUGAUAGUUUCACACUGCCUUCACCACACUGGGAGUGGGAGUCUGACUGGUAUGUGGAUGAAAAUAUUGGAGGGGAACCAACAGAGAAAGGGGGCUGGACUUAUGCCAUAGACUUCCCCAGCACCUACACAAAGGAUAAGAAAUGGAAUUCUUGUGUCAGACGCAGGAGGUGGAUCAGAUACAGGAGAUACAAAUCACGGGACGUUUGGGCGAAGCUUGUAUCACAUGAUGAUCCGGACCAGCUGCCAGACCCUUUCAAUGACAUCUCCAUUGGAGGAUGGGAAAUCACUGAUGAGCCUCUUGGCCAUUUAUCAGUAUGGGUGGUUUCUUUACAAGGAAGGGUAUGGUACAGAGAAAAUGUCUGCCAUCACAAUCCAGAAGGUUCCAUGUGGUCCUUAAUCACCACUCCUGGUGAAGUUGUACAGAUCAGCUGUGGACCUUAUGACCUCCUUUGGGCAACUCUUUGGGAAGGGCAAGCCAUUGUGAGAGAAGGGAUUGACAGGAAUAACCCUCAAGGAAUUUCCUGGACUAUUGUGGAGUCUCCAAGCUCUGAAAAUGGGAUUAUGCAUGUCUCUGUGGGUGUUGAUGUGGUGUGGUGUGUUACAAAGGAUAGAAAAGUGUGGUUUAGAAGAGGAGUGAACUCACAUAAUCCUUGUGGAACAAGCUGGAUUGAAAUGGUUGGAGAAAUGAUGAUGGUAACUGUAGGCUUAAAUAACCAGGUCUGGGGAAUCGGCUGCGAUGACAGAGCAAUUUAUUUUCGGCAAGGUGUCACACCAAGUGAGCUCAGUGGGAAGACAUGGAAGGCAAUUGUAUCUGGCCGAGAGAGUGACAGAUCUCAGACCGGGAGCUCAACAAGUCUGCUCAGUGCUGGCUGUUUCUUUACUGAUGAUAUUCAGAAUCAAGCACACGCAAUCAUUCAGGGUGAUGCAGAUACUUCCUCUGAUACAGAGCUUCCAAGCGUACCUGUGAAUCUUGCCAACACUCCCCCGAUGGGAGCUGCAGCCAGCAGAAAUGGUAAUGGCACAGGCAACCAGACAACAGAAAUACAUGCAAGUUUGACUGUGGAUCCUCUGGACUCUGAUCAAGGAGAAGCCACCGAUACUACAACUAAUAAUGAGAAAGCUAAUCUUGAAAUGCAUAAAUCAUCUACAAACCCAAAUACUUCUGCAGAACUGCAGUGGACAAACAUUGACUUGAAGGAGGCCCAAAAGCAUCCAGUCCUUUCUGUCAGCAGCUUUGCAGACACAUCCAGCCUGUCUUCCCUUGGCAUAUUCUCAGUGGGAGCUGAAGAACAGUAUGGAGGCGAUGAGCACCCACUGUGGGCCUGGGUGUCUGGGGGAGGCUGUCUUGUAGAUUUGCACAGCCCAUUGAAGUGGUUCACUGUUCCAUCAGGUUUGUCAUCCUCUGUGCAAUCUCUAUCUCUGUCUAUCACUCCUGCACAGACAGCAGCGUGGCGAAAGCAGAUUUUUCAGCAGCUCAGUGAAAGGACAAAGCGGGAACUGGAGAAUUUUAGGCAUUACGAACAGGCUAUUGAGCAGUCGGUUUGGGUUAAAACUGGGACCUUGCAAUGGUGGAGGAAUUGGAAGCCUCAUAAAUGGAUGGAUGUUCGAGUUGCACUUGAGCAGUUCACUGGGAGCGAUGGAAUGCGCGACAGCAUCCUGUUCAUCUAUUACAUGUAUCAUGAGGAGAAAAAGUAUAUCCACGUGUUCCUGAAUGAAGUCACUAUUAUAGUUGAAGUUCUGAAUGAAGCCAAGCAUUCCUUUGCACUGUAUACACCUGAAAGGACGAAGCAGCGGUGGCCGAUCCGCCUAGCAGCCACAACAGAGCAAGAAAUGCAUGACUGGCUGUCUUUGCUGAACAUGUCCUGUUGUGAAAGCAGACGGAUUCAAGGCCCUCCUUCUCACCAUGCCAUUUGGUCAGUUACUUGUAAAGGAGACAUCUUUGUUAGUGAGCCAAGUCCUGAACUGGAGGCUGGACCACACCUGAUGCCGUGUGAUCAAAUGUUUUGGCGUCAAGUUGGAGGUCAUCUUCGACUGAUAGAGUGCAAUAACCGAGGCAUAGUGUGGGGCGUAGGGUACGAUCACACAGCCUGGGUUUAUACUGGUGGAUAUGGAGGUGGCUUCAUUCAAGGACUGGCCAGUAGUGCUGAUAACAUUUAUACGCAGUCAGAUGUGAAGUGUGUUUACAUUUAUGAGAACCAACGGUGGAACCCAGUCACUGGAUAUAGCAGCAGAGGUCUGCCCACAGACAGAUACAUGUGGAGUGAUGCAUCUGGCCUGCAGGAAUGUACAAAAAUCAAUACCAAGCCUCCUUCCCCUCAGUGGUCUUGGGUAUCCGAUUGGUAUAUUGAUUUCAAUGCUUCAGGCGGAACUGAUCGGGAAGGCUGGCAGUAUGCAGCAGACUUUCCAGCGUCCUACCAUGGUCACAAGACAAUGAAAGACUUUGUCCGACGGAGGCGCUGGGCAAGAAAAUGUAAGAUAGUCACCAACGGGCCAUGGCUGGAAGUGCCUCCUGUUACCCUGUGGGACAUCUCCAUAAUUCCCAGUUCAGAUGCAGAUGAUGAAGAAGCAGUAGCACUGUGGGCAAUCAGUGACAAAGGAGACGUGCUCUGCAGGCUUGGAGUGACACAGCAAAAUCCAGCUGGAACAUCCUGGCUUCAUGUGGGAACAGAUCAGCCCUUCAUUUCCAUCUCAAUUGGAGCAUUUUACCAAGUGUGGGCUAUUGCCAGAGAUGGUUCUGCCUUCUAUCGGGGUUCAGUGUCUCCAAAGAAACCUGCAGGUGACUGUUGGUACCAUAUUCCUUCACCUCAAAAACAAAAGUUAAAACAAGUCUCAGUAGGACGAACGUCUGUGUUUGUGUUGGAUAAAAAUGGCAAUCUUUGGUACCGGCAAGGUAUCACACCAAGCUACCCUCAAGGAUCUACUUGGGAUCCUGUUUCAAAUAAUAUCCGUAAAAUGUCUGUAGGGCCCCUGGACCAGGUCUGGGUGAUAGCUGACAAGGUGCAAGGAAGUCACAGUUUGAGCUGUGGGACCGUCUGCCAUCGGACUGGUGUUCAGCCAAUGGAACCUAAAGGCCUCUCAUGGGAUUAUGGUAUUGGGGGUGGAUGGGAGCACAUUACAGUCAGAGGAAAUGCAACUGAAGCAGCCAGGGUCGCUGUACCUGACGCUUCUGAGGAAAACCCUGCAGUAUCAAAGGAUUUAGAAGAUGAGGAGAGUAAAGGGAAAACAGAACAUUCUAAAACCCCUCUGAUGGUCAGUGAAAGUCAAGAACCGGACAGAAAUGCUGUUACUUGUUAAGUUGUUGCCAUCUACAUGUUGCAAACAAACAGUAGUCAGUAUAAUUUCAAAAGUAACUAAAUGUCUCUUGCCUGGAGAGAAAAACAUGACCUUUUUGUGCUACUAAUAUAUUUUACUGAACUGGAAUUUACAAUGGGGUAUUUUAAAUACUGAUUUCUUCUACUACAUCAGGUGUAAAAUGUGACUUGAUAGAGCUAAUAGUUUUGUCGAAGCAGGCAAGCUUUUUAGCCACAACAUAUUUCUGACCCUUUACCAUAGCUGCUACACAACCAUAGAAAUGUGAACAUUUUUGCAGAUGGUCACUGAAUUAACUUUUUUUUAAAUGAACAUUACAUUUCUUUCCUUCCCUACAUUUCUCUCACAGUCACACCCCUUGCACACUAUUCUUUAGAUUCAUAUUUGAGCAGAGGUGAAGAUGUCAUAUGAAUUUAAAUGAAUUACAGGCAAACAUAACUGGUCCUGGUUGAACAAGCAUUUAUACACGCACAUAACUCUGCUUACAGGAGUCCCGCUUAUAUAAGCAUGUAGUGUGGCUCGUGCUGUUCUUGCUCCCAUCAGUAAAAUUAGAUGCUGUGUUUGCUCACAAUGAGCAAUAUCUUAAUCAAGAAGCAGAACCACUGGUUUCAGCGAGGCUAUGUAGAGAGCAUGCUCCUACUCAGUCUAAGUGACAAAGUCUCAUUCCAAAUUGCUAGUCCAAAUGGUGGUGAAUGAUGUUUUGUCUCCAUCUUAACCAGAACCACAAGGGAGGUAUACAGAUGCCUACCUGAUGAGGUUGGAAGGCACCAGACACUUGAGGAGUUAGGCUGUGUGCCAGAUCACUGCAAAUAAGGCUUUCAUAGUGUAAAAGACAAGAGGAAGUCUUAAAUAAGAGUCUGACUUCACAGUGGUAGGAAUGCAAACCAACUUUACUGAUAUCAGCGGAGGUUGCCAACGUAUACUAAUGCAGGUUCAGAAUGAAGCUCUGUGCUUUAUUUUCAGUAAGUGAUUAAUUCAUCCUGUCUUUUAAAAGAAACUACUUCUUAUUCUCAAAAUAAGCUUUUUUCCCCUGUCUUACCGUAAUUUGGCUGUGAUGUGAAAUUGUUGUUUGAAAUUCUGUCCUUGAGAAGUGCUGAAAAAGCCUCUCCUGAUAGCUUCAGGAAGGUACCACGUUUUUCCCCUUGCAGCAGUUUACAAUCAUUUUUCCUCUGUGUGUGACUGUGUAUGGAAUUAUUUUUAUAUGAUGAGCAGUGUGGUGUGGUCUCAGUACUGUGUUUGUAGAAGUAAAGAUUAUGUUUGCACGUAUUUAAAGAAUAUAUUUGGUAUUUUAAUGCCAAGGAAAGCACUGUUUCCAAGUCCAAAUGUGAACGAAGAUUUAAGAUGCUUUACUGUUUAAAAAAAAGUUGGUCUUUCCAGUAUGUGAUUAGAGAUUUCUGGUUUCUACAUACAUUGUGGGAGUACCAUAAAUAACAUGUUUGCAUUAAUUACUGUAAUAGGUUUUGCAUAACUUGCACAGUAUCUUGUCCAAAUAAAAUAACUUUAUUACAUAUAUUUUUAGAGAACUAUUAGGAUUGUAUUUUCUGUGCUUCAUCUCAAAAGAUGUUUUGUUUUAAUAGUCAGUGUUUACAUAUCCAACAAUCAAACUGAUUUCAUACAAUAAGCUUUAUAAUGUACCUUUGCAUUUUCCCCUGCAUUGCCAAGUUUCACUUACUUUACUGUAAAAAGCUGGAUUUAAGUGAACAAAAGAUAAAUUAUAAGUUUUCUGUUUGAGUACUAAAUAUUUGCCUUCUGAAACUAUUAUUUAGAAAAUUAUUUAAUUUUAAAAAAUGUCACUGUUAUGACUAGUUAAAAUAAGGAAAAGUUACUUUAAAUUGAAACGAUUUUGAAAAAAUAAAAGUAAUUUAUCCCUUUUGACAUGUCCAAUAAAGCAGCACUUUGUAGCAAAGAACCA